CAAGGCUUCCUAUUGUCCGGAAUUACACCUGUUGCUCAGCGCCAUGUCAGGAUGGACCGCUGGGUGGAGUGCAGUGCUACACACUUAAAGGCACUGUAAGAAAUUCGUCCAGUGGGACAAGUUGGAACUGCCAGCGAAUCCCUUGGUUUUCAGUGUUUCAGAAAUAAAUAAAGGGAUUUUUGAAAGAACAUCAGAAACAAGAUUACUAGGAUACAGUGCGACGGGUGUGUGGUGAGGGUCUGAUGCGUAAGAGCAGGGUGCUCGACCCUCCACCCCCAGACAGAGCAUGCUGCCAGGCUGCCAGAGUCGGGUCAAACCCCAGGGGCCAUCAGCACCAGCAGCAGCAGGCACAGAGCUGGCCUCUGCCUCGGCCUGAGUCGCUCCCAGCAUGCACCAACUCUUCAGCCUAGUGCUGGGCCAGAGGGACCUGUCCCGCGCCGGAGACCUCUUCUCCCUGGAGGACGCCGAGAUCGAGGACUGUCUCUCGCAGGCUCUGGAGCAAAUCAAAGCCAUCUCCUGCUCUCCGGACUACCUGACUAACGACAAUGACCAAGCGGUGGUUGAGAUUUGCAUCACGCGCAUCACCACGGCGAUCCGAGAGACGCACUCCAUCGAGUGUCACGGGCCGGCGCUGGUGUCGCUGUGGGAGUCGUGUCUGGAGCACAACCUGCAGCCGCAGGGCAAGGAUGAGGACACGCCCCACGCCAAGAUCGCCUCGGACAUCACCAGCUGCAUCCUGCAGAACUAUAACCGGCCUCUGGUGAUGGCAUUAGCGGUUCCAGUGGCGGUGCGGUUCUUGCAGAGGGGGAACCGGGAGCUCUCCAGGAACAUGUCCAGCUACCUGUCUCUGGCUGCUAUCGCCAAAGCCGAACUCUUGGCAGAACACACAGAGGCCAUCACCUGCAGCGUGCUGGAAGGCAACCACAUGCUGCUGCGCGUGCUGCCCUCCGUGUACCCGCUCCAGCCGAAGCCCAUCCAUCAGCACAUCGCCCACCUGCUGAACAUGAUGCCCCGGCUGGACCCGGCCGGACGCCAGCACCUGCUCCGCCUGCUGCAGAUGGUGGCCGAGGAGCACCCACUGACCCUGAGUUCCCAGGUGCCGUGUCUGAUGAGCUACCUGAGCGACCCGGCUCUGAAUGACACCGUGCUGAGCGUGCUGGUGGACGUGUCCCAGGCCAGCCCUGCCUCGCUCUCCGCCUUCCUGUCCAGGCUGAAGGGGGUCGGCCAGAGGCAGGGCGCCCUCCUGGGCCACAUCUCCAAGAUCCACGGAGCCGUGGGCAUGACCAGUGAGGAGGAGGCGCGGAGCUCCCUGCUCUACCUGGUGUCUCUGCUGGCCAGCAUGGAGCACAGCGUCCACCACACCCUGCUGCUUGAGAUCCGCCGCCUGACCGACCGCUACGGCGACCUGCUGGGGGGAGGCGGCAAGGACAUCUACCGCAUGAGCAACAGCUUCACAGCCAUCGCACGCCUGCUGGGCCGACGCCUGGAAGCUGCCGGACCAUGCAGGAGUGAGGAGGAGGCAGAGGACCUAUGUAAGCCGGCAGAGGCAGACUCCAGUGGUAGUGUGGGGGACGAGGACCAGCGGCUGCAGGUGAAGAUUCAGGCCUUCGAGGAGAAGAUGGUGGAGGAGGUUGAGGAGGCCCCAGGGGAGGAGAGCUCCCCGGCCCCGCAGCGGCGCUACAGCCUGGGCCAGGCCGCCCGCGACGAGCGCAGGGAGAUGAGGUUCAACAGGUCUAAGAGUCUGGCCCUGCAUGCGGUGCGCUCUCGCUCCAUCAACUCUGACAACGGCCAGGAAGAGGGAGUGGAGCUGACCUCCGAGGCCCUCCUGUGUGAGAGUCCCCCCAGCCCAGAGACCCCCCGGGCCCCAGAGGAGGAGGAGGCCCUGUCCUCGACUCCACCGGCCGCCACCUCAGCCGCGAAGCUGCCCCUCAAGCAGAGCCCCAGCGGACAGGAGACGCCUAAUCCGGGAGAGAUAGGACGGAGAGAGGUCGUCAGAGACCAACCUCAGGACACAGAUAGGCUGUGGACGCACAUGAGGGACAACCUGGAGACAAUCAAGGCUUUCUGUGCCGAGAUGGUCAAGCAGAUCCCUGUACCGGAGCACUGUGUCAUUGAAGACUCGAGCCGGGGCUGCGUAGCUAAGCUAUCCUUCUCGUGCCUACUGAAGGGACACUACUGCCUGUACAGCAAGUCCAGCUUCUCCCUGAGCAGCUUCCAGCCUCACCUCUGGAUCCACAUCAUGCUGCUCGCACAACAGAGUAAGUCCAGUGAGCCUCUCUCCUGCCAGCAUGAGGCCAUCCAGAGACUCAAAGCCCUAUGGGAGAAGACCCAGCUCAAGGGCUCUCACAGCUUCAGUCUGGCCAUGACCCAGAGCAUCACCCCACACAAGAAGGACCUAGACAGUCUGCAGAUCCAUCUGGAGGAGGUUCGCUUCUUCGACCUGUUUGGUUACAGUGAGGAGGAGGGAGGUUGGCUCUGCUUCAUGUGCAACAACCCAGAGAAGGCCACAGUUGUAAACCAAGAUGGCCAACCACUUAUUGAAGGCAAGCUGAAGGAGAAGCAGGUGCGCUGGAAGUUUAUCAAACGCUGGAAAACGCGCUACUUCACCCUAGCCGGCAACCAGCUGCUCUUCCGCAAAGGCAAAUCGAAGGAUGAGCUUGACGACAGCACCAUCGAGCUGAGCAAAGUGCAGAGCGUGAAGGUGGUGGCCAAGAAGAGGCGUGACCGCGGCCUGCCCCGAGCCUUCGAGAUCUUCACCGACAGCAAAAGCUACGUGCUGAAGGCCCAGGACGAGAAGCAUGCUGAGGAGUGGCUGCAGUGCAUCAACGUGGCUGUGGCACAGGCCAAAGAGCGCGAGAACCGAGAGGCCACCACCUACCUAUGACCACUACACCUCCACUUGCCGAGCUGUGCAGUUAAAUGACAGAAUCCCCUUGUUGGAUAUUACUGCUGUGAAACACUAAUCUACUAACGCUAGGCAACUUCAGUGAUGACAGACGAAACUGUCCUCAUCACACACACACACACACAAACCCCUACAGCAACUAUCUUAAGUAGAAAAAUUAUUCUAUGUUUACCCUGAAAUUACAGUGUUUUUAACAGGACACAUCUACAAUCACAUGGAACUUGGAACCCAAACUGACUUCAUGACUAAGCACAGGAACCAUAUUAAUCCCAGUGAUCUAUUACAGAUGGCAUGGCUAUAAGCUGUGUCCUGCAGUAACACAAUUAUGGUACAGGAUUUCUUCUGAAGAUGGGCUUUAAAAGUGCCUUUUUUGGCCGUCAGACGCAAACACAAUACAGAACUCUGUUCUGUGGACAAAUGCUUGGUUUUAGGGGCAUUAACAUGGGCAUCUAUGUGUUUUUAGAUGUACAUAUACUGUGUUAUGGCACUCACAUAGCCCUGUGUUUUUACUGGAUGGCGUCCCUCAUCCUCGGACUUCUGGAGCAAUUGGUUCCACUUAUCUGUGUUUUAUGGUCUUGUAUAGGCUUCAGAGAGUCUCUCUCUCUCGUGAUUUAGGGGCUUGACUUAUUGGCAUAGGCUUCCCAUCGUCCCCACGUUUAUCAGUCAAGGAAAAAGGCCCUGUUGGGGUUGCUUUGUGAUGAGUGACAAAGUUCAAUGGAUGGGGAGAACCCCAGAAGAGAGCUCUGAUGCCUGUAUUUAUAUGUAUGCUCAUUGUUCCUCUGGAUUAUUACCAUGGAACUGAAAUCUUAAUAAUAACAAAACUGUGCCAAGCAAUUGAAGGAUAAUUCUAGAAGUUGACACACCCCCCCCCAUGCCAUUCUUCCUUUUCUUUCUUUUCCAUUUUGCUUUCUGCCUCGUAAAAGGAAAUAAUGAGCCGCACUGUAGGCUUUAAAGGAAGAUUUCUGAGCUUUGCAGACUUGCUUUUGAUCAGUACGUUUCAGGAUCCUUUCCAAAACAAUGUGGGUCUUAAAAGGUCCGGUCUAGGUUUGAUAUUGCUCAAUUGAGUCUUGUGUAAAAACCUUUUUUAAUGCAGAAUGUGUCAUUGACCAAAGAGGCACCUGAAUAUGUCUGUGCGGAUGUUCCUCUGGUCCUGUUAACAGCUGGUCCAGAAUGUCCCUACCUUUGUAAGCAGCUCAUGUUCCCCGUGUAUAUUUUGCUUUAGUUGACGCCAUGAUCCAGAAGGACCCUUCAUGUUUCAUAUAGAUUCUACACCCUCGCACACCUUGUUUCUGACCCACAUCUACCACUGGUUUCUCCAAGGAGUAGCACACAAGAACAGAACAACUCCCACCCAGAUCCACUUUCCAGUAUUCAAAAUGUCUUUCAGCAUCAUAGCACCUGUUGUUCUACAGCCCACACCUCUGGGCUUUUCAUUUGACUUGAGCUUGGCAGUGUUAACUUGCGUGCAGUGAGGUUGAGUGACAGGAUUCAGUGACCCUGUUUGUGGUGCUGGGUCCAGUGCUGCCCUGCUGCCCUGUGAGGGCAUAUUGCAUUCCUCUUAUAACAAUGUUACAAAGCUUCAUGAGUAAAUGUUGAGCAAAACCUGUGUGCGUGUGUGUGUUUGUGUGUGUCUGUGUCCAUGUGUGCUUUGUGUGUGUGUGUGUGUGUGUGUGUGAGAGAGAGAGAGAGUUAUUCCAAAAGCAUUGAAAGGCAGCUGUGUAAAUAUCUAUCCUGUGUCCUUGCGUUAUGUUACACAUGUGAAUCUCUCUCUUGUUACCCACAUGUCUUUCUCUUUAUCAGUUCAAA